UUGUGCUCAACUACCUUGGCUGAAACAGGGGGUCGUGCCGAAUCAAGAAAAGUCGAUCUACCCGUAAAUCCGCAAUAUCAAUUUUGGCGUCUGUUUUAUUUAUCUCGUGUUUGUGGAGAUAUCGUCACAUGGAUCGCCUGUCCUCAUUUGGAAAUGACCCCUUCGACAAACCACCAUGCAGAGGCUGCACAUCCUUCCUAACAGAGCCUUACAUCAAAUGUGCAGAAUGUGGACCUUCUCCUUUCUUACUCUGCCUUCAGUGUUUUACCAGAGGAUUUGAAUACAAGAAACAUCAGAGUGACCACAAGUAUGAAAUAAUGACAUCAGACUUCCCGGUUCUGGAGCCCGGUUGGACGGCGCAGGAGGAGGUGGCACUCCUGGAGGCCGUCAUGGACUGUGGCUUUGGAAACUGGCAGGAUGUUGCCUACCAAAUGCGCAGUAAAAGCAAAGAGGAGUGCGAGAGCCACUACAUGAAGAAUUUUAUCAACAACCCGCUCUUCUCCUCCACGCUGCUCAGCCUGCGCAAAACUAAAGACGCUCGCUUUGCAGACGACGCCGUUCCUUUCAAACCAACAGAUGAGCCCCCCCGGCCCACCUUUGACUCUGUGCUGUCACGAGACAUGGCGGGAUACAUGCCUGCUCGUGCAGACUUCAUGGAGGAGUUUGACAACUACGCAGAAUGGGAUAUCAAGGACAUUGAUUUUGUGGAUGAUGACUCAGACAUCCUGCGAGCACUCAAGCUGGCAGUGGUUGAUAUUUACCAUUCAAGAUUAAAGGAGCGACAACGCAGGAAGAAGAUCAUUCGAGACCAUGGACUCAUCAACAUGCGCAAAUUCCAGGUAUUGGAGCGUUGCUACCCAAAGGAGGUGCAGGAGCUCUAUGACGUCAUGAGACGAUUUGCACGAGUCGCCGGACCUGUUGAACAUGACAAGUUCAUUGAGAGUCACGCACUGGAGUUUGAGCUGCGGCGGGAGAUCCGCAAGCUACAGGAGUACAGGAAAGCCGGGAUCAAGUCUUUCUGCAGCGGCAAAGUGUACGAGCGGGUGAAGCGGAUGCGCGAGGACGAGCGCAGGAAGAGGACCAUGUUAUGCGACGUACUGCAGUACAUCCAGGACGGCAGAGCGUGCCAGCAAUGGCUCAGCAAGCAGGCCGCCAUAGAUGCUGGCAUCACACCGGCUGUCACAACAAUCACAACAUCAGCAACAGGCAGGCGCAGCGCCCCUCCCCUCAACCUGACCGGGCUGCCAGGGACAGAGAAACUCAACGAACGGGAGAAAGAGCUGUGUCAGGUUGUACGUUUGGUGCCAGGCGCUUACCUGGAGUACAAGCAGGCGCUGCUCAACGAGUGUCAGCGUCAGGGGGGUCUGCGUUUGGCUCAGGCCCGAGCGCUCAUCAAAAUCGACGUCAACAAGACGCGCAAAAUCUACGACUUCCUCAUCAAGGAGGGCUAUAUCACCAAGGCAUAGCAGCCCACGGGUGUGUGUGUAUUCUGUCUGUGUGUGAUUUGUGUGUGUCUGGUGUUACGUGUAUUAAAGUCGUAUAUUUAAAACACAA